CCUAAGCUUCCUUUGUAUAUCCUUUCUAAACCGUCUAAAGUAGUACAAAUGGCUCCCUUGUUAUCAUCAUCUUCCACAACAAAAUUAUAUAGUUUUAAUAAACUUCAAUGUUGCUUGUUUUGGGUACUAAUUGGAGUAGCAUCAGCGCAAUUAUCAUCAAACUUCUAUUCAAGCUCGUGCCCGAAUGCGCUCUCGACAAUACAAUCUGCUGUUCAAGCUGCAGUGAAGAAUGAAUCUCGCAUGGGAGCAUCCUUGCUUAGGCUUCAUUUUCAUGAUUGCUUUGUGAAUGGAUGUGAUGGUUCGAUUUUACUAGAUGACACUGCGAACUUCACUGGAGAAAAAAAUGCGGCACCAAAUGCAAAUUCAGUGAGAGGUUUUGAUGUGAUCGACACCAUAAAAUCUCAAGUGGAGAAUGUAUGUUCUGGUGUUGUGUCUUGUGCUGACAUUUUAGCUGUUGCAGCUAGAGACUCUGUUGUUGCGCUUGGUGGACAAAGUUGGACAGUGCUAUUAGGAAGAAGAGAUGCGACAACAGCAAGUCAAAGUGCAGCAACUUCCAAUAUUCCUGCCCCAACUUUGAAUCUUACACAGCUCAUUACAUUCUUCUCCAACAAAGGUUUCACUACCCAAGAAUUGGUCGCUUUAUCAGGUGCUCACACUAUAGGCCAAGCAAGAUGCACUAGUUUUCGAUCACGAAUUUACAACGAGACUAGCAUAAAUUCCACCUUCGCAACAUCAUUGCAAGCAAAUUGUCCUAGUAAUGGAGGGGAUAACAACCUUUCACCACUUGACAAAACAAGCCCAACAACAUUUGACAAUGCCUACUUCACCAACUUGUUGAGCCUAGAAGGUUUGCUUCACUCAGAUCAACAAUUGUACAGUGGAAAUGGAAACACAGACUCUCAAGUCUCAUCUUAUAGUUCGAGUUCUUCCACGUUUUUCACGGAUUUCGCCAAUGCAAUGGUGAAGAUGGGUAAUAUGAGUGUUCUUACUGGCACAAAUGGAGAGAUAAGAACUAACUGUAGGAAUACCAACUAAUUUUGAACAUUAUUGUUUGAUAGAUUAUUUUUUAAAGUUUAAACUCAACUUCAAUUUAAUCGUAAGAAAAGAGGGAAUUGUGAUGUUCUUAAGAUGUUAAAAGUGCUUUGUAAAGCUGUAUGGGUUUUGGUAUGAUCAUAAUAAAAUUGUUGUCUAGUUUUAUGAA